UCUGACCGCGCAUUCGGACCGGACGAACCACUAAACAGAAACGGUCAGCUGUGGUCAUCACUGCGCAUGCACAUGCAGGUGAAGAAUCUACACUUCAGAGAUGGCGCAGCUAAACAACACCGAGUGCAACACAACCAUCGAUGACUUCCGUAACCAGGUCUACUCCACCUCCUAUUCCAUCAUCACCAUUUUUGGCCUGGCGGGUAAUGGCUUUGCGCUCUUCGUACUCAUCCGGACCUUCCGCCAGUCCUCUGCCUUUCACAUCUACAUGCUGAACCUAUCAGUGGCGGACCUGCUGUGCGUGUGCACGCUGCCUCUGCGGGUUCUUUACUACGUCAACAAGGGCGAGUGGAUUUAUGGUGACUUCCUGUGUCGGAUCAGCUCAUACGCACUGUAUGUUAACCUCUAUUGCAGCAUCUACUUUAUGAUGGCCAUGAGCUUCACACGCUUUUUGGCCAUUGUCUUCCCUGUCCAGAACCUUCAGCUUGGCACAGAACGCCGGGCACGUAUUGUAUGUGCUGGCAUUUGGGUCUUUAUCUGCACAGCCUGCUCACCGUUCCUGGUGCGUGGUGAGCACAAAGACCUUAGAACUAACAAGACCAAGUGCUUUGAGCCACCGGAGGAUGUUAAAGGCCAGACCAAGCUAGUGGUGCUCAACUAUUUGUCGCUGGUGGUGGGCUUCAUAGUGCCCUUUCUGGUCAUCUUGUUGUGCUAUGCCGGCAUUGUUCGGGCACUCUUGCGCAAUGCCAACACAGUGAAAAAGCAGCGCAACACACGCACAAAGGCCAUCCGCAUGAUCGUAGUAGUCAUGCUGGCGUUCCUGAUCAGUUUCCUGCCAUACCAUGUUCAGCGUACCAUCCACCUGCACAAACAGAACGGAUCAUCAUGCAAAGAGAGGAUCUAUCUACAAAAGUCAGUGGUGAUCACACUCUGCCUGGCAGCUGCUAACUCCUGCUUUGACCCAAUGCUCUACUUCUUCUCCGGAGAGAAUUUCCGUCACCGGUUGUCCACCUUCCGCAAGGCAUCGGUUAGCUCCUUCAGCUAUAGGCGCAAUCGCACUUUAUCUCCAAGCAUUCAGAGGAACCCGUUGAAGUCAGUUAGUGCAGAUAAACCCGAGUAGAAAAUAAUGAUGAUGAUGAUGAUGAGGAUGCACCAAACUGAUAAGUGAAGAGACAGUUGCAUCUGGGUACUCAGGCUGAACAUGUAGGAUGAGUGGUGCAAUUAGGUGAGCUCAGUGUUACGAUCAAGAAAGUCAAACUGUGGGUGGUCAUCUUGGUGCCUGCUUGCAUAAAGAUACGGAAAAUGGUAGGAAAAUGU